AUGGAUUCGGGAGUCGUGACCAACGGGUGUCUCAAUUGCGACCAUUUGUCACGAGUGGCGGACCGACUGAAGCGUCAAAAUGUGUUACUUCGUGACCAACAGUUGGUUUCUCACCACCAAAACAAUGCCUUCAAUCACAUCCACAGACUCUCCAUCGCUAGUCUUCACGUCUUGGAACAGAUCAUCGAUCGCUUGGACACCAGUUGUGGCUCAAUCUCUUUUGUGGAUGCGAUCGAUGCACUCACACAUGAUAUAGAAAGUGAUUGCGAAUCCCGACCAUCGAGUGUCCGCUCCAGAGAUAUUUGGACACCAGAAGUGGAAGACGAGGCCAUAUAUCCGCAUAAAUUUGGUCCCAAGAAUAACGUCGAGGUCACACACGAAGAGCCGAUAAUCAAACCGGCGAUACCUGAACCAGAAAUACCUGUUCCGGGAUUACCUGACCCGGCAUUGAUAGACCCGGCAGUGCCUGAACCGGCAUUACCUGACCCGGGCUUACCUGAUCCAGGAAUCGAUGAGAUGCACGAGGAUUUGGUCAACGAUAUCAAUGUUAUACCUGUUCCUGAAGAGCGAGAACUCACUGUUGAAGAGUUGAGAGUCAAUUAUCGGGACAUUCGGCAGGACUUAAAUAAUUGGAUCAAACAAUUAGAUCUCACAAAUAGUAUUACUAGUUAUCCACGCUUUCCGUGCAUUAAAUAUGUGGACAAUACUAUUGGAAAUGAUAGCGACAACGAGUCAAUCAGUAGUAAUCCAAUGGUUCCCUAUUCUCCACCAUCGCUGGCCUAUAGGAAUGCGGAAAGAAAUUUAUUCACAAAGUUAUCGUCGAAAGAGAUCGAAAAUCUCACAAAUAAUGGGCCAAUCAUUAGAUCAAAAAGUUGUCCCAAAAGCCGCAAACAGACAAUUGGUUGUCGUUAUAAAGACUGCAGGUUUCGCACCAGUAGAGGACAACUGGGUAUCGACGAACACACGAGACUAAUCCAUGGCAACGCUGUGGCGGUCACUACUUCGGCGCCCACCGCUGCUAAACCAAGUGCUGUGGCGCGCAGUGAGGGAUCCCGUGGACUCCACUGUCCGUACACUGGCUGUAAUUAUACGACUACUUCUGGGAAGAGUUUGAGAGCGAAUCUACAGAAACACAUCAAAAGAACGCAUCGGAAUAAACCAUUUAAAGGAAAUACAGUUAAAGUGAAUUUCGGACAAAAAGUUGGUUCCACUCAACAGAAAAUUAGCAGCUUUUUGAAGAGCAAACGCAUAGAGCGCUGCACUUUCAAUGGUUGCGACUACACAACCAUUUGGGGCGUUGGGACUCUCAACAAACAUCUUCGGGCCAAACACGGCCUGCGAUCCAUCGCUUCACCAAAAACGGAGUCCAAACCACAGGCUUUUGGUUCUCCAACGAGACCACAGAGCGGCCCAAACCCAUCGACUCAAACUACAAGCAUUGCUAAGCGUUUAACGGCAUUACAGUCUCCCGUAAAGACCAAUGGACUGCCGUUGCGAUGCACUAAAUGCUCAUUUGUCACCCGUGGCGGGUUCACCAAACUUAAAAAACAUAUGGCAAUACAUUCCCGGGAAUUGCCCUUUAAGUGCACUGAAUGUGAUGCAAGCUUUGGGCGAACUUCUCAUUUAACGAAUCACCAAAAAAAUAAUCACAAAUCAGUGGUGAUGUCGACAACACUUCCCAAACGGAAUUACCAAAAUCAAUGCACUCAAUGUUCAAAAGAAUUUCGAUGGCCAUCAGAUUUGAGGCGUCACGUCCUCUCUUCCCACAAGAUUUCUCGACCCAACACUUACGGUAGAAAUGCGACGGCUUUUGAGGAUUUAAAGCCCACUAUUAGCGAACAACACACGUGUCCACACGACGAUUGCCGGUUCACUACCGAUGAUUUGGACGAUCUUCAGAAACACGUUGUCAUGCAUUACAUAAAGAAGGAAAAAGGGAUCAAAUUGUCUGACAUUGAAAUAGAAACGAGUGGAACGACAAGUGAUAGCAAUUAUGUUGUGAAGCAAGAGUUUGGAUCAAAUGAAAGCAAACCAAAGUCUUCGCUUUCUCUAAGCAAACGAAUAAUGAAUUCGUUGUUCAAAUGCGAUGAAAAGGACUGUGAUUUUAGUUGCAAUAACUCCGAGGAAUGGGUUAAACACAACGAUUGGCAUCAAAGCAAAGAGAAGCCGCGUUUCAAAUGCAUUCGCUGUCAGAAGUCGUAUUCAAAACACAGUCAACUUAAGGCACACCAAAGAUCUAAACGACACGUCUCUUACGACUGCGAGUUUUGUCAGGAAAUGUUUAAAACACCGAAUCUUCGCGUCCAACACAUGAUAUCUGCACAGCAUAUGAGUAACGGAAGCGACCCUCAAAUGACAAACACAGUCGUGGAGUCCAAGAGUCCGAACAAUCAUAUGUUUGGUUCGGAGUUAAUGAAUAUGUUAUCGAAACCGCAAAUCGAAACCAAUCCAACAAAUGCUAACUAUUUUGCCAAAUGUCCGUACAUUAAGUGCCGCCAAAAAUUCAAAUUGCGAGCAGUUAUGACAUUUCACUUCAAUAAAUGCCAUAAGAAUAUCAAAGACGAGUCACUAAUUUGUUUGACUGAAGGAAUGAGUCGGUGUCCCGAUUGCGGCCAAGUGUUCAACAAUAAGAGCAAUAUGAAACGACACCGAACUAAAGUCCAUAGAAACGACACAACACGGGAGGGCACAAGUCUUCUCAAGCCAUCCACUGAUAUGUUGACAAUCAAUCCCGAGAUAUUCAACGCAUCGUUUCCGUCGUUAACGUCGAGUCAAUCGCUUGAUCCGCAACCGAACAGCUAUUUUUGUCGCCGAAACGGUUGCGGCAAAUGGUUUGAUUCACCGCUUCGUCUUCGGGAACACUUGAACGCCGAACAUAAUCGAGAAAUCAAAGCCAAAGUGGAAGCACUUGAAACCGAGUCCGAAGACUUGGUCGACGACACAUCGCCUGAAGAGCUGGAAGAGGGCGUAUUGCCUGAGGACAUGGAAGAGGAGGGCGUAUCACCCGAAGAGGCGUACGAUGAAGACGACCACUCGACUCGUUGUGAUAUCUGUAAUGUGGAUUUGGGAAGCGCUCAGGGAUUGGAUCUGCACUUCAAAUACGUUCACUUUCAGGUCUCGGACGAGAGUGAGACGAUUGAAGAGAGUAUUAAACCAUUGCAACCAUUGGCUGAUCCAACUCCAGAAGUGGAGCAAAUAUUCGAGACAAUUGUCCCGCAAAGCGAUGAUAAUUACGAUAUGAUAACACUUGAUUGA